GUCAAUUCGCUUCUGCGAAACACUUCACGGCUUGACUUUCCGCUGACAGCAACUACACCAGACCAACAGCCGCCACCAGGCAAUCCGCCCGUCUCUAAAUGCGCAUCCAACAUCAAUCCUGAUUCCUCUAGAUGCAGGAAACCCCACAAGAUCUGCAUUCUAAGAGCUCGGCACUCCGAGCCGCGCCCCAUUCGGUUGCACUACCUCGUUCAUUCUGAGGGCCGCAUUGUUACAGCUGGAUUGCAGCGCGGUUGGUAAGAACAUGGAAUUGCAUCUGAUGUCCCCGUUCUAGUCAGGGUUUUUUCGUCUGGUCUUCUUUAAACCCGCUGAACCGCACAACGCUUGGUGUUUGAAUGACUCCUUGUGUGAAACGAAGGCGUUACGGAAUACGGACUGUAUGGUUUAUCCUUUCCUCUCUCAGUAUCGUUGGACCAACCAACACUUCAGGAGAGCUUCGUUUCUGCCUUCCCUUGAGUUCUAUUCCGCUUUCUAUUUCUGUCUUUUGAAUUUAACCCCACUAAGUUGCCGAAUAGUAUUUGGUACUUUGGGUCUGCUAUUCUUCUUCUUCUCUUGUAUCUUCAUCCUCUUGGAUAUUCUUGAGUUGGUGAUACCUUCAUAAUUCAUUUCGAUUCGAACAUAGCAGCUGGUCCUGUCUCUCUGAGAGAGCUCUACUCUGUUAAUUGGCUGUUUCUGCUUUGCUGUAUUGGAACCAUUGGAGUAUUCAAAAUUACUGGUAGCUUGUAUUUGUCUUUGAAUUCCCUUCCCAGAAUACCCUUCAACAUGGGUCUCCGAAUAGUUCAAGUAUGUGGACUCUGGUUCUGGGUCGCAUUCGCCUUCUUCAUCAUAGUCGUAAUGCACCAAUCCCAAACUCUAAUCCACAUCCCCUCAUCGCCCUCCUCACCAGCCUCGCCAUCAGCUUCCUCCCAUGGCCUCACAACCCUCCAACGAAUGGCCCGUUCCGAAACCGCCUGGCGCUCAUCCGUUACUCUCCGCCACCAAAUGGCCCUCGCCCACCCUCAAAACCCAGCAAUCCCUCUCUUCCCAGCCCAGAAGAUGUCGGACUUCAGCAAAACACCCUACACCCUCUGGGACUUCUUCCCAGCGACAUACACCUGCCCUCACGAUAUCCAGCGAGUGGGUCGGCUAGGUGAUGGAGGCAAAUGGGUCUGCGGCAUGUCAUUGUACGAAGCCAAACCGGCGGUAGCAGUCUCGAAUCCGCAUCAACCCAGACGCCCCUCGACGAUUAUUUACAGUUUCGGCGUCAACGACGAGAGUACGUUCGAAGCAGAAAUGCUCGCACGUAUUCCAAGCGCUCAGAUCUUUGCCUACGAUUUCAGCGUUGACAGGAUAGGAAGUCAGAUUCCUCCCGCCCAUUCAGCGCGUGUGCAUUUCUCGAAAGUGGGUCUAGGUGGAAAGGACGAGUUCGACAAGAUGCCGCAGUUCUUCACGCUGCAGACGCUGAUGGAUAUGAAUAAGCAUACGUACAUUGAUAUUCUGAAGAUUGAUAUCGAGGGUGGGGAGUAUACGGCGCUGGAUGCGUUUAUGGAUGCUUGUGAUCGCACAGGGGGCAAUAUGCCUGUUGGACAGGUCAUGAUUGAGUUGCAUUUGGUGGAUGAUCAGCAUGUCAACUUUGAGAGAUUUACGAAGUGGUGGGAGAGACUGGAGGGCUUUGGUAUGCGUCCCACGUGGUUGGAGAUCAAUCUUCUGGCCGUGACGCUAGGGAAUGGAAAGACGGACCCAAGGUGUGUGGAGUAUGUGUGGGUCAACGCGAAAGAUGAGAAGAGUAUUUUGUUGCAAGAGUAAAGGCCACAUUUGGCUCUGCUUGUUCUCGGUCGUCAGAUAGUUCUCGUUCUCGGAUACACAUAUUGCAUGAAUUGCAUAGGAAAGGCGUUGGGGCGUUCUGGAUAGCGGCGCUGU